AUGUUAGAAAAUCAAUUAGACAAGUAAGUUUAUAUUAAAGUUUACAAAUAAAUAUCUAAAUAUAUAUUACUAUACUCAUUAAUGGUAACAUAUUUUAAAUAGAAAGAUAAUAUAUAGAAGUAACAUCUUUGUUAUACCCAUAUUUGUAUAUUUUUAUAAUUAAAUAAUAAUUUAUUAUCUAUGUUUUAAUUAUUAAAACUAGGCGUUUAAUUAUAAUAUUAAAUAAAAUACAACGUUAAAAAAUGUACUUAUUAUCAUAUUUAAUCUAUAUUAUUUCAUAUUUCAAUAUUUCAUUUUUAUAAAUAAUAUAAACAUUUUUAUAUUUUUUUUUUUUUUUAAAUCUAUUUUAAUUCAGUUUUGUUGUUACUAGUAUUAAUUUUUGUUUACAAUUAUGUGUUUCUUUACUCCUAUAACUUGUAAGUGAUUCAAUAAGUACCUAUGUAAUAUAUUUGAUUGGUUUUCAAAUAAAUAAAUAAUUAACUUAAAGGAAUUUCACUUUAAUAUAAAUGUUAAUAAUCAAUAUAAUAUAUUAAUCUGACUUUUUUAAAAAAAAAUUAACAAAAAAAAAACACUGUUGAAUUAGUUUUACAUUUAUAUUAUAAUUAUAAUUUUAUACCAUAGACAAUGAUUGGAACUGGGAUGUGCAUUAUCUAUAUGGAUUGUGUGGGUGCUAGAGUGUUUUAAACUUAAUAUAUAGAUUAUUUCUUCAAAUAAAAAAAAAUUAUAAAAAAAUAAUAAUUUAUUUUAUUCCUUAUUUAGCUUUUUUUCUACCUUGAAUUUGAUUUAUAAAAAAACAUAUCUUUUAUAUCAUUUAAACUGUUUAAUUAACCAAUCAGCCAUAAAAAUGUUAUAUUGAAUAUUUAGAAAACUUAUUACUAUAUUAAUAAUUCAUGUUUUUUUUUUUUUUUUUUAUGUAUAUUGUGUAUAGAUCUGUCCUAGAUUUGUCUCAGCACCAAAAAUCUGAAACUAAGACUUGUUUUGGACAGUUGCCACUCGAAAUUAUAGGAAAAAUUUUCAAAUAUUUGGAUGAAAAAGACCUAAAUUCAAUUGCACAUGUUAGCAAAAUUUGGCGGACUAUAUAUUUAAACCAAGAUACAAUUUGGAAGCAAAUUUGUAUUAAUUUAAACAUCCUCAAAUUUGAUUAUGACAAAUUAGUUACUCGAUACUUUGGAAAUAAGGGUGAGAUUACCCAUAAGAAUGAUUUUGAUAUAUCAGCAGAUAUAUUUGGUAUUAUGUGUAAAUGGUGGACUCUAUAUAGAUGUUAUCAAAUGGUAAUAAGAAAUAUUUUAUCUAACAAAUUUAUUAGAGUCUAUUUUACUAAUAAACAAACUCAACAGACUUUUUGUACUGAUUCUUACAUCAUCAGUAUAAAUCGUACCAAAGAGUUAUCGAUUCACGCUUGGGUUUUACAAAAUUCUACAUUACCCUUGAAAUUAAAAGAAUUCAAUUUAUAUAAAAAAUUAAUUCAAAAUGAAAAUUAUAAUGUGAAAGUUGUUGGAAACAAUACAUUUUUAAUAUUUGAAAUUCAUUCAGUUAUAUUUGUAUACAAAAUCAAAAAUGGCUCAUUUUUACUUAAGUAUGCUAAAGUCAUUCAGAAACCUAAGUAUAAUGAUAAAGAUAGUAAAUUUGAGAUGGAACCUUCUGAAGACUUCUUACAAGAGAAUCAAAAUACUAAAAUUGACCUAUGUCAGACUAAAUUACUAUUAGCUCAACCUAGUACAAAUAAAAUAUUUAUAAUUGAUUUGACUAGUGGAAAAAUAUGUAAUGUGAUAAAAUAUUUUCUGGAAAAAUGCAUUGUAGAUGUCAUAAAGUUUACUGUAAAUAGAGUGAUGAUUGGAAUCUCAGUUAAGGUAAAUUACUAUUUUUUAUUGUAAUAUUCUAAGAAGUCACUAAUAAGAAUAUCAGGUUUAAAGACAAAAACAUGUGCUUCUUUUAUUUCACAUUCUUAAUAAAAAUAAUAAUGUAUAUGUAUAAUUAAAAGCUAAGUUAUUGUGCCUGAGAAAAAUAACACAGAGUUGCCAACAUCAUAAGCAUAACUGAGAAUCCUUAAUCAUAAAUUAAAAAUAUAAUUUUUAUAAUAAAACAUAUUACAUAUUCAAUUUAAAUGAUACAUAAAAAUAUCAAACAAAAUAAACAUAUUUAAACAAACAUUUACCUCCUAACUAUUUUUCAAAAUUACAAUCUGUAACUUAUUAUAAAUAUAAAUGUUUGGAUAGUUUUUUUUUUUUUUGUUACUAAUAGGUCUAAUGGUUUUUGUUGUUCUAUCUCCAGUAAACUUAAUUUAUCUUUAAAAUUUUUUUCCAUUCAUCAUUAAUUUCCUCACUUUCCUUAGUGCUCUUUUUCAUAGCUAUUAUACUUAUUAAAUUCCUCCAAUUUUAAUAUUUGAUUUAUAUAUCAUCUCCAGACCAACACUUUAUCCUUACAUCUGACAAUAUAAUUUCUAUGUCCUAACUUCUUUUACUGCUUUUUCCCAAAUUUUCUUUAAGAGAUUUGAAAAAUGUCUAACUCUGUCUUAAAAAUUACCCUAUAAAAAUCAUUUAUAGUGAAAGGGAUUGCAUUUCUCAAAUAUUUUAAAACCAAAGACAUAAUUAUAAGAUUAAUUAAAAUAAGAUGAAAUGAGACUAUAUUUUGAAAAGAUUACUCUUCCUUUAACAAGGUUAAAUUGUCCAAUAAUUAAAAUAUCACUUAAUAUUUUAUUUAAACAAUAAAUUCUGUAUCAAGAGAUCUAAAAACUGCAAAUAUAUCAAUUGAUUCUACCCAAUACUUGACCAAAACUUAGAUUUGACUAAUUUUAACUAAAAUCAUGAAAUUUGUAUUUUUUGUAAAAUUAGAUUUAAAAAAUACAAUAAUAGGUUAGUAAAAAUAUAAAAUAAUACAGUUAAUAAUUAUUAUAAUCUAAAUUUCACAAAAUAUUUAUAAUUAUUUAAUAGCACAAGAUAUUUGUAAAUCAGAAAAACUGUUUUCAUAACUUUCUAUUUCUUAGCCAAAUUCAGGUCACCAAAAAGAUCUGGUAACUGCUUUCAUUUUUGUGAUAUAUGCAUGUAUACUAUCUCUUUUUUAAUCAGUGUUCGAAAUUGAAAAUUAAAUAAACCAGAAAAUUUAAAAAACUUAUCUCAUAUGACAUAUAUAACUCAUACGCCAUAUUUUGCUUGUAAACCAGUUUUAGUGAUACACAAAAUUAUCAAAUACAGAAAGUUCAAAUUUCUCAAAAUUGAGUUUUAUAAAUAAGUAUCUACAAUAUUGGGUCUUCAGACACUAGCUGUUUUGAUAGGUAGUUUAAUACUAGUUAGAUUCUAAUGAAUUUUUAAUACUUACUAUACUGGUUGGGUUCCAGCUUUCUGUACAAAACAUUUCCUUUCUUAUUUUUAUAGAUUUAAGAUCUAUAUUAUCAGUGAUUUAAACGUUAAAAUAAUGAAUGCUCAGUGGACAAGUUUUUAUUUUUUUACUCAUGGGUAAAUAUUACAUAAAGUACCGAUUUUGCUAGGCACAGUACAGCUGCCAGUAGUCAAUAAUUAUCUUAGUCAUUAUCCAGAUUGCAAGAAAAUAAAUUUGAAAAAAACAAUUUAAACUAACAAAUAAGAUUGUUCAUUAUUUAAACACACUUAAAUAACUAAUAAUAAUGUAAUUGAUAUACAAUUUGUACAAAAGUAUAAAGUGUGUAAAAUUGUAUUAAACUAAUGUUUUAAUUUAUAAUAAAAUAAUAAAGUAAAAACAAAAUUAUUAAAAUGGUUAAUAUUCGUAAAUAAAUAUAUGAUUAAAAAAUGUUUAUAUAAAAAAAUAAAAAUAAGGACCACUCUAAUAAUAUUAUACAUAAUAUUGUAUAUCUAUUCUAAACUUAAUAUUCUUUAUUCUGAAUUUAAAUUGUCUAUAAUAAACCUGUUUGAAUAGACUUUCACUACUCCUACAAGUUAAAGUGAAAUAUAUCAUCUACCAAUUGAUAGAAAUCAAGGCAAUGCAACAUUUAAAAGUGGCUUGUUUUUUAAAUUUUUCAAAAAAUUAAUUCCGAAAAAAGUUAAUAGUUUCUAGAAUAAAGAAUGUUUUGCAUUAUGUUAAUCUCUCUAUAAAUAACAAACAAUUAUUUUAAUAUAUAUUUUAUUUUUCAGGACAAAAUUUAUGAUAGAAUUAUAUUACACUAUGCAAUUAUAUUCUUUUUGGAAGAUGAUGUAGUAGUUAAAAAAGUCAAAAUACUCCUGUAUGGUACUAUUACCAAAUUCAAAGUGUCUACAAAAUAUAUUGGAGUAGAAAAUAAAGCUCAACCAACACCAUUUAUCAUAAAGAAAAACAAAUUUGUAGUAUUAUUUUGGAUUGAUUGUGAUACAUUUACUAUAGAUUCUGGAAGUAAAUUUAUCUUCUAUAAUGUAAAUCAAAGCAUAUAUAGAUAUAAUCUUUUAAAGUGCCUUAAUAAUAAAUUUGAAAUAGUGAAUAGAGUAGCAAAAGAUGCAAUAUCAAAUCAGUUUCCUUUGACAUCAAUUAAUGAUAGAUUUAUACUGGUUCAAUCAAAAGUUCCGCAUUCCUUUGAGAUAUUUGAUACUAAAUUAUGUGUUACCGUGAGGUCUAUACAACUACUACCAGGAUAUAAAUUAGCACAUGUGGGCAAAUUAUCCAUUUCAUUCAUCAAUGAACAAAAAGUAUUACUAAUUCGAUUUUGUUAA